AGUUGAAGCACUGCCUGUUAUUUUUCUAACAUACGGCUAUAGAGGUGAGAUUGGCGAACAAAUUAAAGCAUUGACCUAAAGCCAAAAGAAGGAGCUUAUUGCAUCUCAUUAUGGCGUCAAACUACGAUGAUUCGACUGAUCGCUUCAUGCGGGAGUACGCUAAAAUACGAGACAAAUGCUUACGCGAGUGCAUUCCCGCCACCAGAUUGUAUUCGGAGCUAAGACCCAUAGAGAUUCGUUGUAUAAAAUACUUUGUGGUUAAUGGCCUACGGGAAGCAGAGAAGGCAAAAAUCAAAAAAAUCGGGAGAAUCAGAGAACAAAUCUACAUGGGGUGUGUCUUAAUCACACUUCUGUUUGGAAUAAUGUGUAAACUGUAUUCUCUGCAGUGUUUUUUUAAAAAAAAGUGUACUACUAAAAUUUGUUCCCAGAAUUUUUGUGACGUAAUUAUCCUUAUGCAUAGACGUUUUAGCAUUCUCGUAGAGAAAAAAGAAUUGUUCCUUCAAAAUAUAACACCUUGGAAAAUGUAACAAUUAUCAAUAAAUGUUACUUGA